CUUCCUCUCCCCGUUUUGUCUUGUCAACUAACCCCCUCUAGUGCUGAACAGGCUGCAUUUGACCUGCGGGCUGCCGGCAGCCGCUUCCCAGCCGAGGCGAGCGAGCGAGCGAGAGAGAGAGCAAGGGCUCCUUCUUCUCCUUGGCUUUCCUCCGCCUCUUUCUCGGGGAGCCACCAAGGAGGCGACCGGAGCCUCCGUGGCCUUGCUCUCCUCCCACGGAAGGUGCCCUGACUCCUGCCAUUGCCUUCCUUUCCCUCCCUUUUUCAUUCCUUGGCGAGGAAGGGGAGAAGGAGAGCGGCUCUGAUUCUCCAUCUACAUUGCCCUCGGGGACCUCCCCGUCCCGCUCUCUUUGGACGCUGGGACCUUGCUCCUUUGGUGCUUUGGAAUAAGAAGAGGGGAGGGAGAAGCAGUUGAGGAGGCGGAGGAGGAGGAAGAGGAGGAGGAGGACUCCGCCGUCCAGCCCUCGAAGCCGAUGGAGGAGGAGAAGAGGAAGGAGGAGGAAGAGGAGGGCCGCGGAGGAGAAGCCUGGCCCCGCUGAGAAGGAUUGGGGCGCGCCGUCCCUUUAGGCGCCUGGACCAAGUUUCCUUGACGGCCGCGCGGACGGAGCGAGAGGGAGAGAAGAGGAGCUGUCCAGCAUUUCAGCACCUUCCCGACAGAGAGGCGGGCUUCUCUUUGCCAUUUCUUGUAUUUGGAGAGAGAAAGGGAAGGAAGGAAGGGAAGAGAGGCAAGGACCUCUCCUCCCUCCCAAUCUCUCGAAGAGGCGGCGGGUAGAAAGGAGGGGAUGCCGCCCCUCAAGCCGGGUUGCCGGAGAAGGCUGCUCCGCUUGGGGAAGGCUUUGCCAGUCAAGGGUUGAGAGGAGGCUGGGUGUCUCUCGCCCCUCGGGACGGGGCACUUCGGACUGGACGGUGGCCUCUGGGCUGGGAAAGAGGCUCAUCUCCGGGCACGACGACCCCCGCCUUGGAGCCCUCGCGGGGGCCUCGAGCCUGGAAGAGGAGGAGGCGGAGGCGGAGGAGGAGGCGGAGGAAGCCGAGGGAAGGGUCCUGAAGCCCCCUUGGCCAUGGGGGGCGCCUCCCUCCUGUGGCCGUGGAGCCUGCUCUUCCCUCUCCUGGCUGGGCGCCCCGGGGCAGGCAGCCACGUCUCCAGCAACCAAGUUGUGCUGCUCGAUACAACUACUGCAAUUGGAGAGCUGGGAUGGAAGACCUAUCCACUAAAUGGGUGGGAUGCCAUAACAGAAAUGGAUGAAUAUAAUCGCCCCAUCCACACUUACCAGGUAUGUAAUGUUAUGGAACCCAACCAGAACAACUGGCUUCGCACAAAUUGGAUUUCCCGUGAUGCAGCCCAGAAAAUUUAUGUGGAAAUGAAGUUUACACUGAGGGACUGCAACAGCAUUCCAUGGGUAUUGGGGACAUGCAAAGAAACAUUUAACCUCUACUACUUGGAAUCCGAUGAAUCCCAUGGAAUUAAAUUCAAGCCAAACCAGUACAGUAAAAUUGAUACUAUUGCAGCUGACGAGAGCUUUACUCAGAUGGAUUUGGGUGAUCGCAUCCUUAAACUGAACACAGAAGUUCGUGAAGUGGGACCAAUAAACAGGAAAGGAUUUUUUCUUGCUUUCCAAGACAUUGGUGCAUGCAUUGCUUUGGUGUCUGUCCGUGUUUACUACAAAAAGUGUCCUUUCACUGUUCGGAACUUGGCAAUGUUUCCUGACACUAUUCCAAGGGUUGAUUCUUCCUCUUUAGUGGAAGUACGAGGUUCCUGUGUGAAGAGUGCUGAGGAACGGGACACUCCAAAAUUAUAUUGUGGAGCAGAUGGAGAUUGGCUUGUACCUCUAGGAAGGUGCAUCUGCAGUGUUGGAUAUGAAGAAGUGGAUGGGUCCUGCCAUGCUUGCGGACCAGGAUUUUAUAAAGCAUUUGCUGGAAAUAUAAAGUGUUCCAAGUGCCCUCCACACAGUCAAACCUUCGUGGAAGCAACAUCUGUGUGUCAGUGUGAAAAGGGUUACUAUCGAGCUGAGAAAGAUCCACCAACUAUGGCAUGUACCCGACCACCUUCUGCUCCAAGGAACAUUAUCUUUAAUAUAAAUGAAACAGCUCUCAUGUUGGAAUGGAGUCCACCAAGUGACACAGGAGGAAGAAAAGAUCUCACCUAUAGUGUGAUUUGUAAGAAAUGUGGAUCUGAUGCCAGCCAGUGUGAGAUAUGUGGAGGAGGGAUCAGAUUCAUUCCAAGGCAUACUGGCCUAGUCAAUUCUUCAGUGACUGUACUUGAUUUUGUUGCCCACGCGAACUACACUUUUGAAAUCGAAGCCAUGAAUGGAGUCUCCGAAUUAAGUUUUUUACCCAAGCAGUUCACAGCUAUCACAAUUACUACAGACCUAGAUGCUCCGUCCUUGAUAGGUAUGGUCAGAAAGGACUGGGCUUCCCAAAACAGCAUUGCCCUCUCAUGGCAAGAGCCUGAUUUUCCUAAUGGAGCCAUUCUGGACUACGAGAUCAAGUACUAUGAGAAAGAGCAUGAGCAGCUGAGCUAUUCCUCCACAAGGUCGAAGGCUCCCAGUGUUAUCGUCACAGGCCUCAAGCCAGCCACCAAGUACAUAUUUCAUAUCAGAGUCAGGACCGCAACAGGAUACAGCGGCUAUAGCCAGAAGUUUGAAUUUGAAACUGGAGAUGAAACUUCAGAUAUAGCAGCAGAACAGGGACAAAUCCUGGUCAUCGCCACAGCUGCUGUUGGUGGAUUCACUCUCCUCGUCAUUCUCACUCUGUUCUUCCUCAUCACUGGAAGGUGCCAAUGGUAUAUAAAGGCAAAAAUGAAAUCUGAAGAAAAACGAAGAGCUCAUUUGCAAAAUGGACACUUGCGAUACCCUGGAACCAAAACAUAUAUCGAUCCAGACACAUAUGAAGAUCCAUCGCUUGCUGUUCAUGAAUUUGCUAAGGAGAUAGAUCCAUCACGAAUACGUAUUGAGAGAGUUAUUGGAGCAGGUGAAUUUGGAGAAGUAUGCAGUGGUCGCUUGAAAACACCGGGGAAAAGGGAGAUUCCUGUAGCCAUAAAAACUUUGAAAGGUGGAUAUGUGGAUAGGCAGCGCCGGGAUUUCCUUCGAGAAGCUAGCAUCAUGGGACAGUUUGACCAUCCAAAUAUUAUCCGCCUUGAAGGAGUUGUGACAAAAAGAUCCUUCCCGCCCAUUGGGGUGAAGUCUCUUUGCCCAAGAUUCCUGAGGGAAGGACUUUUAAAUAGCCUUCCAGCCCCACAUCCUCUGUCACGGGGAGGAUCUUUGCCUCCCAGGAUUUCCUCUGGCAGACCAGUAAUGAUUGUGGUUGAAUACAUGGAGAAUGGAUCCCUGGACUCCUUUCUACGGAAGCAUGAUGGCCACUUCACUGUCAUCCAGCUUGUCGGCAUGCUACGUGGAAUAGCUUCUGGCAUGAAAUAUCUCUCAGAUAUGGGCUAUGUACAUCGAGACCUGGCAGCUCGGAAUAUAUUGGUCAACAGUAAUCUCAUGUGUAAAGUCUCUGAUUUUGGCUUAUCGCGCGUAUUAGAAGAUGACCCCGAAGCUGCUUAUACAACAAGUGGUGGAAAAAUCCCCAUCAGAUGGACAGCUCCUGAAGCUAUAGCCUACAGAAAGUUCUCUUCAGCAAGUGAUGCAUGGAGUUAUGGGAUCGUGAUGUGGGAAGUGAUGUCAUAUGGAGAACGGCCAUACUGGGAAAUGUCGAACCAGGAUGUAAUUCUGUCCAUAGAAGAAGGUUACCGGCUUCCUGCUCCCAUGGGCUGCCCAGCUUCUCUCCACCAGCUAAUGCUUCAUUGUUGGCAAAAGGAAAGAAACCAUCGACCAAAGUUCAUUGACAUUGUCACCUUCCUAGAUAAAUUGAUACGCAACCCAAGCUCUCUUCAUACUCUAGUAGAGGAUAUACUUGUCAUGCCAGAUUCACCUGGUGAAAUUCCAGAAUACCCUUUCUUUAUAUCAGUCAGUGAUUGGCUGGACUCAAUAAAAAUGGGCCAAUACAAAACUAACUUCAUGGCAGCAGGGUACACAACUAUGGAUCUUGUUUCAAGAAUGAAUAUUGAUGACAUUAGAAGAAUUGGUGUUGUACUUAUUGGACACCAGAGACGAAUAGUGAGCAGUUUACAGACUUUGCGAAUACACAUGAUGCACAUACAGGAGAAAGGAUUUCAUGUAUGAAAGUACUUAAAGUGACUGUGUUUUGUGCCUCAGCAUUUCUAAAAUGGAAGAUACUCUCAUUCCUACUUUCUGCUCUUCCCAGCUUCAAGAACUGCAACUUCCUACUACUCAUACUAUAAACACAUAAUGUUUACGUUAAUGCUUCCAUCUUGAAAUUUUUUAACCCACACGGCAUAGUUUCUCCCUCAAUUAACUGUUAAUAACAUCCUGGCCCACUGCAAGACUGUUGCUAUACAAUGGGAAAUAGCUCAGGAUGGAUGUAAAACUUUGUAUAACUGUAGAAGUUUUUGGGAAACUUUCAUGGACUCCCUUGAAAGUUAAAGCCUUUGUGGCUUGGAGUGGCUACCUUCUUGAUGUAUUAGAAUUUGAUGGUAGAUUACAAAAAAAGAGAAAGUAAUUGACAUUUCUUUUCAUGUUUUGUGACCAUUUAGCUUCCAGUAUAAAAUGUGCAAUCAAGAAAAAGAGUUUGACAUAAAUAUUUAUUUUAUUGUUAACUAAAUUCCAAAUAUAUGGGUUGUAUUGUUAUGUUUACUUUGUACAAGUUGGAUUGCUGGUAUGGAAGCUGUAAGAAUUCUUGGCCAAAUGAACAAUGACAACUUAUAGUGAUUCCUUGUGCGUGUGAACAAGCUAAAGUGAUGGAAAAGAUAAAAGUCUGUCACAUUUUUUGUGAUGACGAGUGUAAAAUCUAUGUGUUUGGAUAUCAAGUUCAGAGUGAUUACUUGCAAAAUUAAUUAUUGAGCAGUUUACUGUUACUCAUUUACUUUAAAAAUUCUUCUGUAUAGGCCUCUACAUAAUGAACUAUCCCCACAGAGGCUGUUUUGAACAACAUGCAAUACAUCAUUGUUAUAAUUUACUCAGCACAAUGAAUUUAUGCAGAAUUUAUCAUUAUAAAUUUCUACUUCGGUUAGACACCCUUAAAGCAUUUGCUAUUUUGCAUCAAGGGAAAUCCUUUUUAUUGUGGCAUACCCAUUCUCCGUAGGCCAACCAAUAUUUUAAUUUGAAUACUAAACAUUUAAAAUACAUUUUCAAAAUACAGUUCCAUGGAAAAUGACACUUUUACGCCUUUGUUUCCCUGUCUUGAGGAUAUGAUCAUCUGUCUCUCCUUGAUGCCAAUCAAUAGAAAUGGGAAAUUAUUCUAGUGACUUUCAAAUAGGUUCAUGCUAAUAUUCAUUAAUGACCAAUAGUCACAAUAUCAGUUCAAUGCACACACACAAAAGGUGACACAGGCAUUGAAAGAGGAGAAAUAUCAGUGUCAUGAAACAUCUGUUGAUUAGUACAAUGGUUCCCAACCUUUGGGCGACCAGGUGUUUUGGACUUCAACUCCCAGAAAUACCAGCCAGCUUACCAACUGUUAGGAACUAUGGGAGCUGAAGUCCAAAACACCUGAAGGCCCAAGGGUUGAGAACCACUGGAUUAGGCAAAUCAGACUGAGAUACAGGAACUAAAUUAAUUUAUCAGAUGGAAACCUUAGGUACUUGUCCUUCCAGCUAUAGCAAUAGGCAUAUAAUAUACCUGAAAGUAAAAGCGCUAAAAUAUCUGUAUCCUCCUCAAAACAUGCAUAGAUCUACUGAGCUACAUCAUCCUACUCUGCAUGGGAUAUAUGCUGUUCUGUACAUGCAAUGAGCGGGUUUGCAUGCUCUGAAAGCCAUGCACAAUUACAUAUAUGUCACAUGUAGGGAUAGUGUAGUGCUUUUAUACUGUUAUAUGAAGCAAGACUAUACUCUGUGUAUUCCUGAUAUACAUUUUAUGGCCAGCACGCAAACAAAAGGGACAUAAUAUUAAUUUAAUCAAACAAAAAUGUCAGAGGAAUUAUCUCUUAACAGUUUACAAUUUGCAAUUUAAAGGCUGUGCGUUUUAGACAGGCAGAUGUAACAGGAACAUGACCCGAGCUGAUCAUUUUAACCAAUUUAAGUAAGCAGUUCUACUUGGCAUGCCAUGCAGUGGUUAAUAGUAUGUUUAUUUAUUUUUCUAUAGCUGAAUUUCAGUAUGAUGCGGCUGUAAUUCAGAUUUGUUUCCCCCUUUACCUUUCUAACCUCCUAAAAAUAUUUUUGAUUGACUUCGGCAUUUUUAAGUACUUGUGCAUUGAACAGACACCAAUACUUUUGGAGUGCCCUUUUGCAAGUUUGGAAUUCAGUCUAACGGAUUCAUGUUCAUGCAUGCAAGCAGACUCUCAUUUGUUGUGUCAGGUCAUGUUUGCAGGAUGAGAAGAAACAAACUUUGCUUCAUGUAUUUCAACAUUAUUUCUGGGGGAAAUGCUAAUUUUAAUGUUUGUGAGGGUUUUGCUCUUUAUCUAUUUCGGGAAAGCAGCCAUACAAGUUGUAGUUUUCAACAUUCAACUUUGUAUAUAAAAUAUAUCCUUUUCCUCUGGGCUUUUCCACUUGUCUACCAUCACUGUGGUGCUCAUAUUUUCCAUGCCACCCCUAUCAGGCUUUACUGAAAUUCUGAAGUGUAGAUUAGAGCUAUACCUCAAACAAAAAGUUCUGCACUGGCCAAGGAUUGUCGCGAUGAAGAGUUUCUCUUUGUACUGAGCUCCUCAGAGAGAUCCAAGUCAUAGCCACCCCUUUUUAUGGGUUGCCACCCAGAGAGCAAGCAACUCCAUGUGAAGGUUGGCUAGCUGAAACAGUCUUGUUUUAGAAGCUAUUAAAUGGCUAUUUGUUUGGGAAAGUCCCUUUGGAUAUUAUCAAGGUGGCAACUUCCAUGAAUACUAUUGACAAACAAACAAAAACUGAUUUUUUUAAAUCUUACAGUAAAAUCAUGGUUAUCUGGUGUGGAUUAUUGUACCUGUUGAGUGGAUACUUACUCACUGAUGGUUUUAAGAAUCCCUUUCAGCAUUUUAAUCUUGGUAUAUCUGAACUAAUCCACCAACUAAAUGCUUAUAAGUUUCUGUGUUCACACAGGGUGCUUUGCAUCUGAAGGAAACUUGCACACAGAGCUUAUGCUUUUUUCCCUUGUCCACAUUCAGCAUUGAACAUCACAAAAAGGUCCACCUGAAUGGCAACACCUGAAAACACUGAAUGGAGAAGCAUUACUUUCAAGAUGUAUUUGAUUCUGAGGUUCAUCUAUACCAGCAGAGGAUUAACAAUAUCUGCAACUGUUCAACUUUAGUUAAAACUAUACAGACAAAUCCUUCCACAAACUUAAAUGUACGCAUCGACACCCUUCCAUAUGUAUGAAAAGUUGCAUGUUGUACAUUCAUCAGUGUAUAAUAUAUGAAAAUGUAGAUUUAUCAUUCUGUGGAAAUAUAUAUUUUCAAUAGAAAAUGUUAGAAAAAAAAAUCACAAUAUAAACAUUUAUUAAAUAUAUUUUUCUAAUCAUCUAAAGAAAGUGGAAAGGUAUGAAAUCUUUAAGUAACAUUAUCUUGAAUCAGUUUUUAAAAUCUUCUCCUGUUUUUUCCCCUGUGUAUGAAUGGUCUUUUCUCUCCCUUGUUUUGUUGUGUAACUACUAAAGAAUGCACUGAAAAUACAAUUUCCAAUUUUUCAAGCUGCAUAUUAAGAGGGUGUUUCAUAUGUUUAUGCUCCUGAUAGGAAGAUCAUUCUCUUUCUACAUGGUAUAAGUGCAAAUUGCUAUUCCUUCAAAUUUAUGAAUAUUUUAGCAUAAUAAUAUAUAUAGACUUUAUGUAUAUGUACAAAAGUCUCCCUCUUCUAUCCAAAUGGGUUCACUACUCAGCAGAAAAAUAUGUGAUUUUGCAUACACAUAGAACUUAAUUAAAUAGAUAGGUUUUUUUCCUGGAAAAUAUAGACAGGCAAGUCAAUAACUCUUAAAAUAUUUUGAGAAUAAUAUCGCAGAAGUCAGUUUAAAACAUUAAAAUAAAUGGUGACUAAAUGAACUGUACUUUAUUCCUUGUGGUGGGUGGGGUCAUGAUAACUUGUUGACCUGAUGAUGUGUUUUAAUGUGUACAUGGGCCUCCUGUGCGAGGCAACUUUAAAAUUAGAUCCAUAUUUAUUGAUUAUGUAUUCAAAUUCUCUGUCUUUGCCAAGUGAGAAACUUUUGAAGGAGAUCAUACUCGAUAUCUAUGCCAAUAGGAAUAUGCUAAGUUUGCAAGGCGACUUGCAAAAUUCAAGUGAAAUGUUCUCUCUCUUUCUCUUAUCUCUAAUUGUUGAAUGCUUUAAUUCCUUUCAGCUGAAGAAUGCAUAAAGUCUCCUGAUUUAAAAUCUUUGAGUAUUAUUAAAGGGGACUUGGGCCAAGAUCCCAUUGAGUUGUCCCCAGAUGGAGCUGCUUCUGUUAACAGUAUCAAGAGAAAACACCCCACUCCCUUCUGCAGUUCCCAAGGGAAACUCUUCGAAGGUUUUUAUGCCUACAAAAAAGAGGGGAACAAAAUUCUAUCUUAUUUGUGGUUGGCCGCUGAUAUAAUGUUGGAUUUAGGCUCCAUUAUGUCACCAAAGUCAUUGAAAACAUGUGACAAAAACCAGGGUUUUUUUUGAAGCUGGAAUCUACAUUGCCAUAUAAUCCAGUUUCAGAAUGCAUCUUAACUGCUUUGAACAAGCUGAGUCCACACUGCCAUAUACGAGGGUUAUCCAGAAAGUAAGGUUACAAGAUUUUUUAAAAAAUACAAAAAAUGAAUAUAUUUUAAUAAAACUUGCAUGGAUUGUAGCAUAGGUAUUACAUUAUCUUUCCAUAUAAUCACCACUCAGUUUAAUACAUUUUGUCAUCUGUGGGAUGACUUUUUAAUCGGAGCUGUGAAAGCGGUGGCUUAAAAUAUCCCAACCAAAUAAAGUCAACAACUCUUGGGUGGCAUGAGCAAUGUGUAGAUGCACAUUGUCAUGAAGUAGACAGACUCCCACCGUCAGCAUCCCAUGACGUUUGUUUUGGAUGGCUAUGUGAAGUUUCUUCAUGGUCUCACAAUAUAUUCUGUACACAUUUUGUCACGUGCUGUUUUGACAUUACGUCCUCUCCAUAAACUGAAAUGAUUUUGUGAUAAAUCGCAGUGGCGUUAAUGCCCUUAGCAUUAAGGUAGCAUCUUACGGCACGAACUUCGCAUUUGAGGGAAACGGAAUGAGGAUGCUCAUCUCUAACUUUCCCCACAAUGCUAGUUGAUGAGCUACUGACGACUGGCACUGCUCGUUCACUUCCACUGGCUUCCCACUACACAGUAGUGAUGCCAACUUCCCCCAAGAGAAUUCCUGGCAAGUGCCUUGUAACCUUACUUUCCAGAUAAUCCUCAUUAUUCAGUUUAAUGCAGUUAAUCUGCAUUCUGAAACUGGAUUAUAUGGCAGUGUAGAUCCAGCCCAAGAGUUACGUUUUGUAGGGUUUAUCAUAGGUUGGGUUUGGAGGCUGCAUGGCAGGUUUAUGAGGAGCAGGAGGUAUGUGUGGGUCUUCCGUGUUCUCCAUCACAUUGGUGAAGCUUAAGUAAAAGUAACCUCAUAGAACAAUAUGUCCAGAGAUAAGAGACAUAGUCUGCUCUUUUGAGAUGAACCUAUGGUCAUGGGCAAUAAUAACAUAAGGGAAUUAGGACUCUUUUUACCCUGUGGAAAUACUAUCACACAUUGUUAUGGCUAAUCCAGGAGUACUGAUUAAUUAUUUUGGAGUGUUUAUUUGUCCCCAGAAUGAGGACUUAGGGGACUUGGAAGGUCCGCAAUGAGCUGGGUAAAUCAAAUGGCUGGGGAGGGACUACUUGAGACCUAGGACUAAUAGUCCUAGCAUUUGACCUGAUUUAAGAUACAUUACAUGGACUUUUAUUUUAUUGAAGCCAAUCUGCACCUCGCUUCUGCAAUGUGUCAGCUCUGACACCUGCUCUAAACAUCCUGUACAUCCACUCAACCUUGAUUACAAUAAAACUUUGGUUCAAAGGGAAUGAAAAGUAGUUUAUUUCUUUCAUUGGGGUAUGUUUCGCUUGUACACACAAAGGUCCUUAUUGCACCACACCAUUAUGCUAUCAUAGCAGCUGUUUAGACUCAGCUUUAUCACAUGGUGUUAUGGUUCUCCUAGUGUUAUUGUGCUGCGUAGUCUGUGGGAACGUUGAAAUAAUCCAUUACUGACCCCUUCCCACUACAAUUCAGUAACUAAUUUGAAUAUCACUAUUUCAUUCCACUUCCUUAUGAUGAUGAUCAGUCAGUGGGAACAGUAUGGGCAUGGUCUGGUUAUUGGCAGGGAAUCUUCACACUACUUCUGGUCCUCUGGUGCAGAAUCUGUUUUGUAGGUUACUGAUAUAGUGCAAAAACAGAUUGAAGAAAGUUGACCAUAGGGCUACACUGGAGAAUCUUGAGAUUCCUAGAUAGAAUAUUUUGAUCAAAUCAUGUAUAAUCAAAUCCACAAAAGUCAAAAUCGCAAAUGUGGAGGGACAACUGUAAAAAAUAAUGCAACUAUUUGAAAGGACCUGAUUCCACUUCAUACAACUCUUAUAAAUUUGUGAGGGGUUCCAGUCAGCCCUUUAUCCCAGGAGCAUCCGCGUUUUAAUAAAGCCGAUGUUCCUUGGGGCCUGUCUACACCCAUCCCAUGCGCUUUCUGGGGUGGGUGCCCAGAUAUUCUGCUGGGACUGGCCCGGCAGAACAUCUGGGGGCCCUCCCUUCUCCCACACAGCCCAAAAACCUCUUUUAAAAGUAAAAUAAAUUUAUCUGGCCUCCAUUAUAGUCUUGCUGGAGCUCUCCCAAUGAGUAGAAAUGACACACCAGGAAGGGGGGAGAGAGAGCAUUGACAAUGCUCUUGAAAAGUGGAUCAACAAGUUCUUGUUAACCAGCAUACUCUGCAAAGGCAUACUCGCUACAGAAUAAAAUGCACUGUUAAUAGGCCAGUUGCCUCAAAUAUUGAGCUUUUUUUGAUAAACCCAAUUAUCUGAUGAAGACUCCUGAGAGUUGAAACCAGUUGUGAAUGAUUGUUGGAAUCCACUCUUGUGUAAUAAAUUAAAUAGGACAUUUACUGUGCGAGAAUUUGGAGUCUACUCAUCUAUAGUAAAGACACAAGAACUAUUUCCACACAUGUGAAGAGGAAUUUUUUCAUCUUUUGAGAAAAGAACAAAUUAUUAUUGUUUAAUGUGAAUGUAACUAUCCUAUGUUUUAACUGACAUUUGUAUUUGCAUGUAUACAUUGAGCUUCUGUGUGUUUAGAUAUUUUGCCCCUUCUACACUGCCAUAUAAAAUCCAGAUUAUUUGCUUUGAACUGGAUUAUAUGACAGUGUAGACUCCUAUAAUCCAGUUCAAAGCAGAUAAUGUGGAUUAUCUGCUUAGAUAGCAGUGUAGAAGGGGCCUGAAUCAAUGAAUGAGUGAAUACUCUAUAGCUUCUCACAAUGAAAAGUUUUGCCCCCAUCAAACAGUUUGCCCUGAAUUCAGGGGCUCCUGUGCAAGAUUCUCCCCAUCUGAAAAUCUUCAUACAUAUUUCAAGAGAGGAAGCAAAUUUUUGCACAAGUUCCCAUGUCUUCUGAUUGGAAAAUGAACAUCUUUUCCUCUUUCCUCCCUGGUCCUUGGUGCAUGUGACUAUUAUGGGCACAUAUCAUUCUUUAAACUGGGAUGUUUCUGCUUCUUUGACUUAAAGUUAUGUCCAUUGCUGGUUAUGAAUAUUUAUUUGUCUCCGCUUUACUGCCAACUGCAACUUAAAGCCAUUAUGUUUGAAGAGAAGAGCUUGGUGUCCAUUUUUUAAAGCUGACAUUUUCCUCUUAUGCCCUAAUGUUCACCAUUAUUUUCGUUUAAGAGAUAUCAGUCACUCAUAUUUCACUUUUCUUUCUUUCAUAAAUUUGUAGUUAUAAGACAGGAAUAUUGCUCCGACGAAAGUUUAACAUACCGAGCUGGGAUCCCAAGAGGAAAUAUAGAUAUAUUCCUAGGCUAGAAACUAGACGUGAAGUAAUCCUCAUUUACUUGAGAGGCUUUAUUAUUUUCCUCAUUUGAAAUCUACUACUAUAAUAAUAAUAAUAAUAUGAUGUUCCAUGUAAAUUUUCAUGUGCUGGCAUGCCUAUAAGUUAGUAGUGUAAUAAAAUGCUCAGCUCUCACAACUAGGGCGUUUUAAGGUGAAUUGCAUUCAUAUGCCAUCUAUUUGCAGAAAGAAUAUGGGGUUUGGCAAAGCUACAUGCUGAGCAACAUUAUAAGAUAUUUGUACAACGUACAAGUUACCGAUGAUUAUUGUAUUUUAUUUUUCUAUUAUUUCCUAAAAGGCAUUAUCAGGUCUUACAGAUGGAGUAAGCCUGUUUACUAAGAUAUUUAUUAUCAAAUAAAAGUAUGGUACUGGUGGUUA